GGAUUCGAACCCGCGACCAUCGGCUUCAUAGGCAGAGUCACUAUCCACGAGGUUAGAGCGGUCGACGAGAUGAUACCAAACGUGACUUAGAAUCUAGACUUACACAGUAAUUAAUCUCAGACUUCUCCAAAUUAUUCCCUUUCUUUGCUCGCGCUCGUUCAGUUUAAUUAAUCAAACUAAAAUUUCUAGCAAUCAUUUUUUCCUUUAAUCCUCACUUUUCUGAGAAACCUAUAUUAUGUAUGUAUGUAUAUACUUUAUUGUACAUAGAAAUAAAAACACGAAAAACACAGUUACAGAGUAAAUUAAAUACAACAAAGGCGAACUUAUCCCUGUAUGGGAUCUCUUCCAGUUAACCUUUAAGGAAAUGAGUAAAACAUAAGUAACGGUGAAUGAAUGACAAACACAAAGAAAAGUGUACAAUCACUCAAAUUAAUGAAAUGCACUAUAUUAUAAUGCAAAAGAAUCUAUCAACAAUCGACCUAAUUAUCAUCUAACAUUUAAAAAAUAGUAUGUAAAUGUUAGGCCGACUUAGUAUAUAAGAUUCGGCGUUAAAGGACCCAUCACAGUGUCCGCUGAUCACUACACAGAUCCACCUCGCAAAAUGAAAUCCUUCCUCGUCUUCGCUCUCUGCGCCGCGGUGGCCCUCGCCGCUCCCCAGCGCCAAGCUUACAGUGGCGACGAGAAGCAGGCUGAGACCCUCAGAUACGACAAUAAUGUCGAUGUUUACGCGUACAAUGUGAACGUUGAAACCUCAAACGGCAUCAAGGAAGCAGAGAGCGGCAUCCUCAACAACCAGGGCAAGGACAACGAAGCCUUCGUGAGGAGCGGACAGUACGCCUACACGGCGCCCGAUGGCGUCACCUACUCUGUGACCUGGACCGCCGACGAGAACGGCUACCACCCGCAGGGCGCCCAUCUUCCUCAAUAAAAUACUGCAUGGCUAAACGGUUUGGAUAUGGAAUAAACGACUUUCUUUUAAA